AUGGCUUUUCCCUAUAGCUCACCAGCCCAAAGUCAACACAGCCGUUUUCAGAGCUCCCCAACAUCACGAACGGCUGGGGGGAAUUCGACAGUGCGGAGAACACAGAGCUUUGAUCCUGGGGACGACGGGAAAUUCCCCGAAGAAGUAAAUGACUUAAGGGCGCAGAACAGAGGUUACAGGCCGGGGCCAAAUGCCAUGUUACAACAGGACGAGCUAUACAGGGCCUCUCAAAGUCCGUCAUUUCCACCGCGCUCGACGUCCUACGGUACCGGAGGGGGUGGAGGAUAUCAACACCAAGAUAACUCUCCUGCCCCACCGAGCUCCCGGCCUUCGUACAAUCCGCAACAGUAUGGCGCGCCGCAACCGCAUUACAGUCCACAGCCUCCUAGUGCUACGGCCAGCACUUUCAGUACAGCCUGUCAGCCAUAUGUACCGGCUGCUUAUCAGCCAACUAGCAGCCAGUACCAGUCAAAUUACGGAAGUCAACCUCACCCGGCAUCCUCGUCCUACUCGUCCAAUCAACCUCCUCCACCACCACCCAGACCACACGAGCAGCGGUAUGGCAAUCGUGUUCCCCCCCAGAUCGGAUCAGACCCAAGAUGGCAAUACGCGAAUGCUCUCCCAGAGCUACCGUAUCGGCAGCAACCACUGCCUCCUUUACCAACUUCCCAACCUCAAUCUACGAGUUCACUCUAUACACCGCCCGCUCCUCCGCCUCCACCAUUCUCACCAGGUCGAGAUGCGUUCCCUUCGAAUUCUACCACAGCGCCCGAGGCGCAAUCUUACUCGCAAAGAAUCUCAGCAUCUCGAAGUUCAGUGGAAAGAAUCUCUAUUCGUCCGCCUUCCUUGCAUAAUCAACUACCUCCUCUACCGAACUACACAUCGAACGGUAGUCCGCGCAUCCCAUCUCCAGCUAUCCAUCGCAGGCCUGUUGGUUUGAACAACUCAUUACCACCCACACCAGGAACACCUGGACCGACCCCACCCCAACAUUCGCCGCAGCGAAGCGAUACAAUAGGGCGGCACCCUCAGGCGAGACCGCUUCCAGGUCCUCCGUCUGAGGCGGUUUCUGAGCCAGACUACUUUAGCGGUACUAAUGGCUACGUCGAUUCGCAUGAAAAUUCGGACGCAACUCCAGGAUAUGAUGAUCUCAUGCAGGAAGUUGAGGCUGCGGUCAUGGGAAGAGCACCGACUAAUAGCUCGAGACGAAGUCCAAGAGUUGCAAGACCGCCCGCGAAUGCAUCAAUAGACGAAACGCAGGCAACUCAGCCUUUGUUCACCCAGCCCACUGAAGCCGAGCUCAACCAUGGCACUUCGCAUCUCCAUUCUAAUGGCCAUAUAGGAGAGGUAGCUGAAGGCCAAUAUGUAAAUUAUGAUGCAUAUAGCGAUAGAAGCGAUGCCGAAGCAGAGGCAGGUCUGGCUGCCAUGCACAUGGCAGAUGAACAAGAUGCUGCAGACGAGGCCCGAAGGCAGAGUGGUCGGGGUCCGUACAGAAGAUCGGGCGAAUCGCAGCAAUCUUCGAGAUAUCACGAGCCUAGUAGUGAUAGCGAUGUGAAUAUCGACAUGGACACUUAUGGGGGUGGCUUUUCAGGCAAGGUACCGUAUGGUGAUAGCUACGGCUAUACAAACCAGGUGGAUAACCAAGGUCGACCUUUCGCCGCAACCAGGACUUCACAGCGUUCUGACCUGUCAGGUGUCGAGUACGACUAUCCAAUCCCUGGCCAAGAAUACAUACAUCCUUUUGCCCCAGCACGAGUCGAUCGAGCUGGUACUGGUGGCCUUUCGGAACCAGGGAGUAUGCCGCGACGGCUCAGCUUCGAAGAUGGCGACGAAGCAACAUUAGCAGAAUCUGAAGGAGCUUACAACUCAGGUGGCCAAAGCCCUCCACGAGAUAGUAUGCCAGAGAUGUUCUUCCAUCCAGGCGUAGGUCCAAGCCGACCAUUGCCAGCAGCGCCUGUGCAGCCAUUUCAAGGCCGGACAGUCCCUCAGCUGAUGCCUGCCGGCACAUACCAGCAUCCAGAGAGACUGCUGCAAUAUGACCAAUAUGGGCGGCCGACGUUCCCUGCAGCUCCUGACGCGUACAACCAGUUAUUGACCCCUCAGGGUACGCCUGUACCAAGAUCAUCAUCCUUGAUAAGCCAUAGCAGCACACCUCAGACAGUUCCUCCGAUACGCUCAAAAACAGACGCAGACCGAGCCAAGAUUCUUAGGCAGCAGCAGCAAAUGGGGCUCCGCGCAGGAUCUGUAUAUGGCAUCGACUCUCCUGGGAACCCGUCAAUGAACCCAAGCGCAGAGAUACUUGGGCUUCCAGAGAUACCCGCCGGCAAGCGACGUAAGUUCAAUCCAUCGAAACUCUCCACAACUGAUUUUAAGAAAUGCGCCGAGCCGUGGGCUUUGAGCUCUGUUGUAAUGUGGGUCAAAGAGAUGAGCGAAGGCGAAGCGGACCUCAAGGAACAAGCAAUUGUUGAGGGCAUCGUUGCGCUCUUCACUCACAAAGUACCAACCAUGAACACAGCCGACGCGGAGAAUCUUGGCGCCAAAGUUGUGCGGUCUAUGUAUGAUUCGGGCACUCUCCUCAAAGAGGAGGAGUGGGUCAAAUUCGGAACCGCUGAAAUGUCCGGUGUUCUUUUCCAACUUACUGGCACUGGUUGCUACUCCCCUCGUGUCCACGUGGAGGCGUUGCCAGGGAGAUGUUAUUCUCAUCAUUGCAUGCGGACACUGAAGAAAAUAAACUUGCAAACUCAGGCUCUAGAACCUCAGCGAAAGGCCGAGGAUUGGCCAACCUUUUAUAAGGUCACGAAAGCAGACAUCGAAAACGUCGAUAAGAAAGAGGUUGAACGUCAGAACAAUCUACAUGAGAUCGUGACGACAGAGGACGAUUUCAUGGACCAGCUGAAUGUACUGAGGGUACUUUACAGAGACGAGCUUUCCAAAUGGCAGCCUCCUAUUCUCCCACCCAAGAGAAAAGACAAAUUCCUUUGGGAUGUCUUCGGUAGGGCCGAUGCCAUACAACAAGCUAAUGAGGAUUAUCUUCUUGCCCAGUUGAAGUACCGCCAGCAGGAGCAAGGCCCAUGGAUCGUCGGCUUUAGUGAUAUUUUCCGCGAGUGGAUCCGGAAAGCCAAGAACGCGUACAUCGAAUAUGCAGCAGCUUUCCCUAAUGCUUCUCAUUUGAUUCGUCAAGAGUCCGAUCGUAACAUUCUUUUCCGACAAUUUCUCGACCAAAUGAGAGCAAAUGAUCGUUCCAGACGACUUGGCUGGGAUACCUAUUUAAAAGCACCCAUCACAAGACUGCAACGUUAUACACUCCUGCUUUCUACCGUGCACAAGAACACGGUGCAAGAUUCGGAAGAGAAGUCGAAUCUCGCGAUAGCAAUUGAAGAGAUCAAGGUAGUCACAUUAGAGUGUGAUACGCGAGUUGCAGAGAUGACAAAGAACGUCGGCCUGGCAGAGCUCUCUGGCAAGUUGCAAUUGCGGCCUGGAAUGGACAAUGUGCAAUUGAACCUUACGCAUUUGGGAAGGGAAAUUAUUUUCCAAGGAGACUUGCAAAGGAUGGGCAAGAACAAAUUCGGCUGGGUGGAUACCCAUGCUAUAUUAUUUGACCACUAUUUGGUUCUGGCGAAGAUAGUAUCUGUGCGAGACGCAGCUGGUGGUUUGAAGUACGAGAAGUACGAUGUGUCCAAAAACCCAAUACCCAUGGAUCUCCUGGUUUUGGAGAGCAAGGACGAUCCCCCAGUCAUAAAGUCUACAAUGAAGGGCUUAGGAACUGUCACUACUAUUACCACCAGAGUAGACACUCCUCAGGAAACCCGAGCAAGCCGACAAUCUAUGUCUUCACCUGGUCCAGGCGCGCUUGUGCAUACAAACACAGCCUCUUCUGUUGCAUCAACGGCAACGAAUGCUUCUAGCAGGACAAUGACCGCCCCAACUGUGAUAGACAGCCCAAAGGAUGAGAAAAUCAUGUUUCCCUUCCGAUUUAAGCAUCUCGGCCGCGACGAUGUGUACACGCUUUACGCACCCACACAUCAGAACCGGUCAGACUGGUGUAAUAAGAUCAUAGAAGCAAAGACCAGGCACGCAGCGUCGCUGUACAAGCAAGGUGCAGAACCAUUCCGGUUGAGAGUGGUAGCGGACACAGCCUUUGCGUACGACGCCAUGUCUGGCAUGGGCAAGACUAUAGUGAUCUCCGGUACACCACUAGACCGUGCUAUCCGAGAGGUGGAGGAGAAGUAUAAAGACACAGGCCCACGGCCGAACCCGGUUUGCAGGGCCGCAGUCAACUGCGCAACAGCAUUCAACCAACCUUAUGGCAAUCCGAUGGUGGCUGUGGGCACAGACUACGGAGUCUACAUUUCUAAUAACGGCAACUCCAGAGGCUGGACAAGAGCAAUCCACGUGCUACGUGUAACCCAAAUCGCUGUACUCGAAGAAUUCUCCCUCUUCCUCCUCAUCUCGGAUAAGUCUCUUAUAGCCUAUCACCUCGACACCGUCUGCCCCGCAUCCGGCACCCCUUCUCCGAACAGUGCCUCCGACUCUGCCAGACGCGCCCCUCAAAAACUGUCUGGCACCCGCGACGUCGGGUUCUUCGCCCAUGGUCGCCAGAAAGACCGCGCUCUAGUCUUCUACAAGAAACGCGAGGGUGCUUCGUCCAUCUUCAAAGUACUUGAGCCAGUUUACCAAAAAUCUUCCACCUCCUCGUCUGCGCGAAGCCGAUUCGGCAUUAAAAAGGGCAGCGUCGAGUUCUUCCGCGACUUCGACGAGUUUUACAUUGGUAGCGAGACUUACACCAUCAACCUGUUUCAUAGCAGCAUAGCCAUCAGUACUGCUAAAGGUAUUGAAGUUAUGAAUUUAGAUAAGAAACUCCCUAUAUCAGUCCCCGAUCUCAAACCUCCCGACUGCGCCAGCAUCGCCCAUCGCAUCCGUGACCAGAAACCCCUCGGAAUGUUCCGCCUUUCGGACUCUGAGUUCCUGCUGGUUUUCGAAGAAGUAGGCAUUUAUGUCAACAAACAUGGCGAUGUGUCUCGCGCAGUGGUUUUGGAGUUCGUUGGGAAGGCCAAACAAGCCGCGCUCUGUACUAGCGCUAAUAGCAUAUAUCUUAUCCUUGUGGAUCAUGCUGGGGGAUAUGUGGAAGUUCGCAACGCAGUCAAUGGCAGGCUAAGACAGAUGAUUAGUGGGAGAGAUGUAAGACUGCUUGAUGAUGGCGGCGGUGGGGCUCAGGGCAGCAAGGCGGGGACGGUGAAGCUUUGCAUGCAGCACCCAGAGUGGGAGCGGUGUCAGGUCGUGGUGGAGAUGAUUGUUAACGAGGGUUCAAAGGAGUAA